ACCGGCGGCCGAUGGAGCAGCAGCAUCGCGCUUUAGCACCACCCGAAUCCCGGUUUAACUCUUAAAUUAAAAGUGGAGGAUAUAACAGGAAGUUAAGCUUGUUCAGCACUAACUCCACAUACGUUAUUAGCCUAAACAUUUUUGGUUCACAUCGACGUCUGUGAGGCUGUUGUAGUCUCGGAGGAGGAGGAUGAUAAAACCUGGAGGAUGCACCGAGUGUUUUCCGUCUUUUCUCCAAAAGCGGAGAUGAAGCUCCCUCUUGAAGGAAGAUGUCUACCAUCACCCAGCGGCGGCAAACGUCUCACUUGUGGCAGUAAAACACUCGGUUGAAGGAAUUUAAUGGCACAGCGGACGGCGAGAAAGAGCCAGCGACUGAAACUGGGAUUUAUAAACAGUCGGCUUACUGAGUGAGGGGUGAGAUUGAAGGCUUUUUUCGGCUGAGGAUAACUAUCUGUCGGUCAUAUUUUAGUAGUGUCCUCUGUGGAGAUCACACACCAGCAGCAAGCUAGCUUAUUUAGACACCGUUCGCUAUUUUACCGGUUAGACAACAUUUUUGUUUGUCUCUUUCGACAUUUUCUCGUUCUGUAAAAAAAGGAAACUUUACGAGCUUAAUUUGGUUAUUAAUCACGCUGCCUUUCCUGUCAGUCUCCCCCGAGUUUAGCUCGAUAAUCCUCGUUUGUGCUGAAUUGAGGAGUUUUAUUUAAGCUAGCUAACGGUCGCUAACUACUGGCGCCAGCGCUGCUACUCGUUCAUCAUGCAUGCGCCGACACGUUUGUUUGGCUGAAACCGACACCCAACCAAAAUGAGCCCGAGGGCAUAACAGCAACACCGAGCCAUGUCGGACUGAGAGCAGCACCGUGGCUCCGCCGGCCGUGAAGUUACCACAACCAGAGCGGCUUUAGCUGGACAGAGAGAGAGAGUGAGGGGAUCAAAAGCUGAAGCUAGCCUCCAGCCUGUUCACACCGCCCUCAAGAGACCACAGAGAGGAUCAUUUUCGACUCAAGCCACCAAAUCCAGCAAAAAUGGGAGAGCAGCCCAUCUUCAGCACACGGGCCCACGUCUUCCAGAUCGACCCAAACACCAAGAAGAAUUGGGUUCCCACCAGCAAACAUGCUGUCACGGUCUCCUACUUCUUCGACAGUACCAGGAAUGUAUAUCGAAUCAUCAGUCUGGAUGGAUCGAAGGCCAUUAUCAACAGCACCAUCACCCCCAACAUGACGUUCACCAAGACAUCGCAGAAGUUUGGCCAGUGGGCCGACAGCCGGGCGAACACUGUCUACGGCCUCGGCUUCUCGUCUGAGAGCAACCUGUCCAAGUUUGCAGAGAAGUUUGCUGAAUUCAAAGAGGCAGCGCGGUUAGCCAAGGAGAAGUCUCAGGAGAAGAUGGAGCUCACCAGCACUCCCUCUCAGGAGUCCGCACCGGGCGAUCUGCAGUCACCUUUGACCUCAGAGAGCAUCAAUGGUACAGACGAUGAGAGAGUCACACCGGACACACCUCAGCACACCGAAGCCAGAGCAGAGCCUUCCCAGAAUGCACUGCCCUUCUCACACAGUUCAUCCAGCAUCAAUAAGCACUGGGAGGCGGAGCUGGCGGCUCUUAAGGGGAACAACGCCAAGCUGACGGCGGCUCUGCUCGAGUCCACGGCCAACGUCAAACAGUGGAAGCAACAGCUGGCGGCCUACCAGGAAGAAGCUGAGAGGCUGCACAAACGGGUGACGGAGCUGGAGUGUGUGAGCGGCCAAACAACAGUCAUCAAAUCCCAAAAGACAGAACUCAACCAAACGAUAGAAGAGCUGGAGUCGGCUUUGAAGGCCAAGGAGGAGGAGUUGGAGAGACUUAAAGCAGAGGUGGAGAGUGCCAAUGAGUUCCAGUCUCAAAAAGAGUCACUUGCACUGAAGCUACAGGACACGGAGUCGAGGAACCAGACGCUGGAGGCUCAGCUCAGCGAUCUGGAGCAGCGUCUGGAGAGCAGCCAGCAGGAGAGGGAAGCCUUUCGCAAGAGCCUGCGCUCGCUGCUGGAGCUGCUGGACAGCAAGAUCUUCGAGCUGACGGAGCUGCGAGACACGCUGGCCAAGCUCCUCGAGGGCAGCUAGAGAGACCGCCACCCAGACCACCACCACCCCCACCACCACAGCCAGCACUCAGAGAGGAAAUCACCUGCAUGUCUGCACUCGCAUCGCCACAGACACGUGAAACGACUUGAAUUCUCUCUUCUUCUUCUUUUUCUUUUCCACAUGUAUAAGAUACGUGUAAAAGAGUAUGUUUACACACAACUUUAUGCAUUAACGGUACACACACGUUACUACGGUACACGUUUACAAACACGCCAAGUGACGAGGCUUUGCUUGGACCAUGCCUUCCCUCCGCUCCGCUCUGGAACAUUGACUCUGACAACACGUUAAAACUCUUUUUUUCUCUCUCUCUCUUUGAAUGUCAUUCCGUUUGACGGGACAUUGAAUUUUGGGUUUUUUGCUCCUUCAAUCAUGAAGACUUUGCUAAUUCAAGACGACCUGCGCUUUUUUUUUUUCUUUUGUUCUUUUGAGCUUUGCUUUGGUGCAUCCUUCGAUCGCCCGGUGUCGGCGAUUUUUCUCUUCCUCGCGUCAUCAUCAGCCAAAUGAAAAGUCACACGAGAAGGACUCAGUUCGACUUUUCCUUCGCUCUGAGGUCAGUUUCUUUUAAGUUAUUUGAACUCUGGAGGGGUCGAAUGUCGUGAGGGAAAAACUACAAACCUCCUGUGACUUUAAUCAACAGAGGGACUGCCAAAAAAAAAAAAACCCCAGAGAACGGCCGGUGAGGACAAUGACUUAUAUUCUUCUACAAUAUGAGCAAUACAAAAAGGGAGCAUCAGAGGGUAAACAACACUUUCCACUCUCACUUUCAGGUAAUUUUACUCUCACAAGCGAGGCGGAUUUUAUUCAGCAGUCUUUCUUUCUAUACACUUUUUUUAAAGAAUACUACUCCAACAACUUCAUAGUGCACUUGUAAAGAUGGAGUUUGUGUGUGUGAGUGAAUCAGUUUUCUCUCCCCUCUCGUUUCUGUUGCGACUUGAAGUGCAAUGAUUGAAUCCUUUUUUUUUUGUUAAUUUAUUACUGAAGUAGCUGUUAGUGAAGAUGACGAUGACAGUUGUACAAAAGCAAAGAUCUUACUCCUUGUUUUCACUUAUCUUUUUUUUAUUGUCUGGUACGUGAGUGUCGAGGUGGUUUUGCUUUUGGAAAAACUGGCAAUAUUUUUGAACUAUUUAUCAGAGGAGGAGGAAACAGCAGCGAUCGCAGGUUGGAUUUGCAGAGAAUCUUUUUUUCUUUUGCCAAAUAAUGUUCUCUUGUACAGAUUAGAAUUUUUGCUGAUGUUGCCUUUGGUACAGAGAUGCAUCAAUGGUAGCUGACAAGCGGUACUUUAUUUUGUGGGGUUUACUAUUGCCAAAAAUUCAGCAGCGUUUAGAGGAAUACAGCAUACACACCUGAGGAACACUAUUAAAGGGCUUGUUGUUUGGUUCGGGUACGUUUGGGAGACUUUAUCACGUUGAAAACGAUGGAUAUUGCAGCUUGAAAGGGAAAAAGACAUUUGAAUAAGACUUUUAAAUGUUGAUUAUACCACAUGCUUAAAAACACAAAUUGUAAUUUUGAGUUUAUAGUAAA